AUGUCGUCGAUCUCGCCCACGGGAGCAUAUGCGCCCUCACAGGGCCAGGACGCCAGCAACGCGUACAAGUAUGAAGACCCUACCGCCUACCAGCUGCAGUCGGCCUUUCCCAACCAGUUCGAGGUCGCGCUGCCGGUGCCGCGCGCAGAGCACGAGCAAGUAGGUCAAGAACCUCCCAGAUCCGCAGCCAAGUCGUCCGAACCGAAAGUCCGUCUGCGCAAGGCUUGCGAUAGCUGCAGUGUGCGAAAAGUCAAGUGCGACGAGUCAGGACCUCCCUGUAAAUCAUGCGCCGCUCUGGACAUCCCCUGCACCUUUGACCGUCCUAGCCGCCGCCGCGGACCACCCAACAGACACGCGGAAGCCAUCAAGAGACAGAAACUUGAAGGAGGAAACUAUGAGGCUUCGAGAGGCUCUCCUACCCAUGAUGCUGCCUACAGUCUCGCGGCGCUCUCUGCACCGAGUCUCCUCGCGGCUGAAUCGAUAUGUGAUCUUCCGACGUUGAAGGUUCUGCUCGACGACUACUUUCUCUACAUACACCCCCUGAUACCUCUCCCACACGAACCGACGUUCCGGAGAUCCUUCGAGGCUCGAGAAGACCGGACCAACCAUACCUUCCUCGCUCUCAUCGCUGCCAUGGUAGAAUGCUUGGUGGCCUCGUUUCCGCGGAGACCACGCCAGUUGUUCACGUCCGACGCAGCGAGGGUGCAAUUCCCCAACGCCGGCGUUCUGAUUGAUCGGUGCCACCAAGUCUUCGUCGAGGCGCGUGGGCUGGGUUACAUGGAUCGACCCCUGGGUCUCUACGAUGCCAUUUCCAGUUACUUGACCGCACUCGCAGCGGCUUACACUCUCGAUCUACCACGUUUGCGCCUGUACUUGGGAGAAUGCACCCUCAUUACACGGGAGCUUGGAUUUCAUCGUCCUGAAUUCUACCGGCCACCGCCCACUCCUGGCGGCUCGUAUCCACAUGCCGAGGCACAGAGGCCGCAAAUAGUUGACUAUGUGUACCAGGAAUCUGGACGUCGACUGUUCUGGUUGCUCUUCGUAGGCGCCAUGUCGGCUCGCCAGUUGGAUGAAGCGGAAGGUGAUCUGCUCAUGCCACCGGUAUCGCACGCAGAAAUGCUGCCGCCGCUUCCGGUCGAGGUAGAUGAUGAAUACAUCACGGAAGCCCAGAUAUUUCCUCAACCUAGAGGCGUCGUGUCAGAAAUGGUCGGCUUCAAUCUGAACGUUAAGGUCUUCAGAGCUUUUCACUUUCUGGCCGCCCUAGAAAUGGCAUUCGGGGCAAAUACUGUCUACGACUGGGAUCGGCAGCGCCAGAUCAUUCGACGUGCUCUUCAGACCGUCAAAGAAGCGACGCGAGAUGCACCGAAAGAGUUGCAACUGAAUCCAUCCAAUGGUUUCGGAGAAUGGCCGCCUACUCAGGCGGACAUAUCUGCGUAUUCCCAACUAUUCAACGAUCGUGAGGGUAUCGAGACCGAUCCCUCACUCGAGACUGCAAGUACUCGAGGGUCCUUUUCUCUUCCCCCCACGAAAAGAGUAAUACAGUUUGAGAUUCAGAAGGCCAACAUCUACGCUACACAGCUCUCGUCAAGAUCGUAUCUGGUAGAGCGGUUCUGGAAUCUCUACGAGAUCAUCGAGCGUGACAAGAUAAGCUUUCCGACAGACAAAUCCAUCGCCAGUUCCUCGCCGACUGCCGGUAUCGUCAUGACCGGAAUGGAGCAUGGGUACCGGCAAGUCGCUGGAAGAACCCCCAGCGAUAGCUUGAUGGAUGCCGGGGAACAAAUGAUGGCAGUUGAACGGGAAGACAUUGUGAGAGACAUGGCUUUGCUCCUGAAGAGCAUCAACCAAGUCAACAUGGAGCCAAAUGGCAUGAGUAUUUGCAACAAGAUCCGGACGGUUGCUUCCACCUUGCUCGAAACGAAGCGUGCUCGCAUGAGCUCCAUGCCCACGUUAGAUUCCGAAAGCGUCAAUAGUUACCUCCAUGACUUCCUUGAGAUCCUCUCCAAACUCGAAAGAUUGGGUCCGUCCCGGUUUCGAGGCGUGGCUGAUAACAACUCUGGUGGCCUCUUACGAACGCCAGAGGAGAUCGAAGAGGAAGAAUUGGUGCAUUGGGCAAGUUUGAAGGAAAGACAGGAACAAUUUGUUCGAGCAAGUGGUGUGAGUUCCUGGUAG